AUGCACACAUUUUCCACAUUACCCGUCGAACUUGUUUACCGAAUUAUGGAUCAUCAAAAUGAGGAGACGCUAUUUUGUUCAAUGCAAAAUAUUUCCCGGCGGUUCAAUCAGAUCCUGAGCACCUAUGAGCGAUAUCGAAUACUCACCACACUAAACCUCGUCGGCAACACAAUCAAUGCUAAAGGGGCACAAAACAUUGCGGAUGCCUUGCGAACGAACACGACACUCACCACACUAAACCUCUUCGACAACAGAAUCGCUCAUGAAGGAGCAAAACACAUUGCGGAUGCGUUGCGAAGGAACACGACGCUCACCACACUAGAUCUCGACUACAACGGAAUCGGUGAUGAAGGAGCACAACACAUUGCGGAUGCGUUACGAACGAACACGACACUCACCACACUAAACCUCCCCGACAACAGAAUCGGUGGUAAAGGAGCACAACACAUUGCGGAUGCCUUGCGCAUGAACACGACGCUCACCACACUAGACCUCCAAUCUAACGGAAUCGGUGCUGAAGGAGCACAGCACAUUGCGGAUGCCUUGCGAACGAACACGACACUCACCACAGUAGAUCUCAACUAUAACGGAAUCGGUGCUGAAGGAGCACAACACAUUGCGGAUGCCUUGCGAACGAACACGACACUCACCACGCUAAACCUCCCAGCCAACAGAAUCGGUGCUAAAGGAGCACAACACAUUGCGGAUGCGUUGCGCAUGAACACGACACUCACCACACUGUAUCUCAACUGUAACGGAAUCGGUGAUGAAGGAGUACACCACAUUCGGGAUGUGCUGCGAACGAACACAACACUCACCACACUAAACCUCCGAUCUAACGGAAUCGGUGAUGAAGGAGUACAGGACAUUGCGGAUGCGUUGCGCAUGAACACGACGCUCACCACACUAAACCUCCCUGCCAACAGAAUCGGUGCUAAAGGAGCACAACACAUUGCGGAUGCGUUGCGAACGAACACGACACUCACCACACUAGAUCUCGACUACAACGGAAUCGUUGAUGAAGGAGCACAACACAUUGCGGAUGCCUUGCGAACGAACACGACACUCACCACACUAAACCUCUUCGACAACAGAAUCGCUCAUGAAGGAGCAAAACACAUUGCCGAUGCGUUGCGCAUGAACACGACACUCACCACAGUAGAUCUCAACUAUAACGGAAUCGGUGCUGAAGGAGCACAACACAUUGCGGAUGCCUUGCGCCUGAACACGACACUCACCACACUGUAUCUCGGCGGUAGCAGAAUCGGUGAUGAAGGAGCACAACACAUUGCGGAUGCGUUGCGAACGAACACGACACUCACCACACUAGACCUCCGAUCUAACGGAAUCGGUGAUGAAGGAGCACAACACAUUGCGGAUGCCUUGCGAACGAACACGACACUCACCACACUAAAGCUCCCCGACAACAGAAUCGGUGGUAAAGGAGCACAACACGUUGCGGAUGCGUUGCGCAUGAACACGACGCUCACCACACUGUAUCUCAAUUGUAACGAAAUCGUUGAUGAAGGAGCACAACACAUUGCGGAUGCGUUGCAAACGAACACGACACUCACCACGCUAAACCUCUCCGACAACAGAAUCGGUGCUAAAGGAGCACAACACAUUGCGGAUGCGUUGCGUCGGAAUGCGAGAGUGAAAAUGGUGUAG